AUGGAGCGUCCGCCCGGCCCGAUGCAUGAGUUGAUUCGCCGCGCCGACGACGAAAUACGCAAACAUUCGAAUUACUAUGCAGCUUUGCGCCUUCUCACGGAAGGUCUACAAUUCUGUGAGAAGGACGUCGACGAGAGUGGGCCGCAGCGACGGAACGCGUGGAGGUUCGCUCUGGAUCAACCUGACCUUGUGCCAGGGGGUCACGGCCACAGCAACGACGUCAUCGCGGGCGACACCUCUGCUGGGUCCUUUGCCGAGUCCACGGCCUCCAGUAGGAGCACUAUGCUGUCGGUGGCAGAGGGCGGCAAGGUUGUGCGGUUAGCACCACAGCCGCGGGCAAUUUUUAAUCGUACUCAGAAGCUUCGAAUGCUGCUCCUGCGUGCAGACGCGUACUCGCUGCUAAGGCAGCACGAUAAAGCCAUAGAAGAUGCACAAGCCGCCGCUCAAAUUUCUCACGAACGUUGUCCAGAAGCCUACUUUGUGAUGGGGCGGGAGUACCUGCGUCUUUUUCACCUCGGCGCUUCGCUGGCUGCCUUUGACAAGGCGGAAUACCUUCUUUCCUCGUUGCCAUUCUCACAUGGAAACUCGUACGUGGAGGAGGUUACCGACGAAAACUUCUGGGCCCAGCGCGGAUACCACAUGAAGGAUGUUGAACGCUUAAAGCUGAAUCGCCGUGCGAUGGAGCAGGAAGAGCAAAAAGCGCAUAGUGCACUGUUGCACGAAGAGGAAAACAAUGGUAUGGCUGCAGUAUCUGCGUCGCAACGCGCCUUAGUUACUUCCACGUCUGCUGAAGGCGCAAACCCUCUUCUUACUCAGUUGGUCUAUUGGAGACAACUGGCUAAAGAGGCACGAGCGCUGCAUAGCAUGAAUACUUCGCAUAUACUGCCGAAUGGAUUCCUGCAAACGGCACUGCAGUUUUUACAGCAUCAAAUGAGUUCGGUUCGAUGGGGUGCCGCGGUAUGCAUAGAAAAUACGAGCUCUCGAAAGCUACGGCUGAUAGGCUGCGCCUCCCCUGAUGCGGCCUUUAGAAAUGGUAUGCAGUUUCCAGAGACCAUCCCUCCUGGACACUGUGGGGUCGCGCUCCUUCAGCCGCGAGGAGGUUGGGGGGGUUUUGUGUGCUCCGUCUGCUACGAGGUGGCGGACAACGGUGUGUGUUGCUUUUUCUGCUUUGAAACCUCCUUUACGGGGUCAAAGAAUUGUGGCGUGCAAGUUGCCUUGGAGCGGCGUUCUCCAGCGCCCGGCGUUGGCCUGAGAGAACCCAACAGCAGCGCAGCCGGCACCUCGCCCCUGGCCACCCCGGUGAGGGAGUUCGUUGGGUUCGGCGUGCCAAACCGCGACGAUUGGCUCCGGACGGAGGUCGCGCCACUACCCUCUGGCCGCCAGCUGAAGCUGUCGGGUGAAACGCGUAGCGACAGUCGCGUGUUGAUGUUUACUGCGACCGAAAUUCUCGCCGUUCGCCUGCGGUCCGUGGAGCUUCUCCCUGCCCUGGAGUUCGCGGGCCCUAGCGUGCUAAAGAAGAUGAGCGUUGUCAACCAGCGGUACCGCGAGUUAAUCAACAACCUUCCGCCACCCAUGUUUUUCGGAACCGGUCGCUGCUACUACCCCGACUACUGUCUCUGGAGCGAUCGCACCAGUUCACCCUGGAUUGUGCAUGACAAGGAGCCGGUGAAUUGGACCUGCCUCUUUGACGGGCGAGAGCAGAACCGUGAACUGUUUCAGGUCACCGACGCCGCCGAUCCGAAGAACAUCAUUUUAUAUUUUUCGGGCGAGAGCUGCGGCUCCGUUGAAACAUUGGUGUUCUACGGCGAUCGACGCACCCUCAUUGCACAGAUAAAAGGGAGUUGGGUCCCAUUCAGUAGCACGCUCUACCUGUGCACGGCGUCGGGUCGCAAGUUUGCCUCCUGCUUUCUUGACCGAAAUUCUGAAUUAACGCUGGCCUGGGAUGGCGCCAGCAAAAAAAAUAAGUCGGAGGAUGUAGAGUACGUGAUGCAUCGAAUAGACCCUGUGCGACGCACGGGCGCUGGCGCGAGAAUGGGUACGGUGUCGAACCUUUCCACCGUAAAUGGGUUUACCGGUACGGAGGCAAAGGACGUUGUGGUAAUCUCUUCGGCGAGUGGCGUCUUCGAGGCGGUCCCGUCCUUCCAAAUGCCUAGAAGCAGUCGGAACUAUUCAGUUGAGACGUAUGCCGUGUGGCGCUCGCAGCGGAGAAGCGGGGGCAGUCUUGGGAGCAGCGUUCCCAGGCAGACGAACAAUGGAAUGGAGCUGGCGGCGGAAGUCAGGAUUAACGUCCCCUCCACGCAGUCAGUUGCCAAGGGGGGCGUCGUUGCUGAAAUUUCGUUGUGUCCGGGCGCGGAUGCGUUGCUGGUUACGCUGAUGACGUAUUGUCGAUCCCAAUGGGAUGGGUGA